AUGAGACAGAAAAACAAUAUUACAGAAUUUGUCCUCCUAGGCUUUUCUCAGGAUCCUAGUGUGCAAAAAGCAUUAUUUGUCAUGUUUUUACUCACAUACAUUGUGACAAUGGUGGGGAACCUGCUCAUUGUGUUGACUAUUAUUGCCAGUCCUUCCUUGGGCUCCCCAAUGUACUUCUUCCUUGCCUGCCUGUCAUUUAUAGAUGCUGUGUAUUCUACCACCAUUUCUCCCAUAUUGAUUGUAGACUUACUCUGUGAUAAAAAGACUAUUUCCUUCCCAGCUUGGAUGGGCCAGUUAUUUAUAGACCACUUGUUUGGUGGUGCUGAGGUCUUCCUUCUGGUGGUGAUGGCCUGUGAUCGCUAUGUGGCCAUCCGUAAGCCACUGCACUAUUUGAUCAUCAUGAAUCUACAGGUGUGCAUCCUUCUGUUGGUGGUGGCCGUGACUGGAGGUUUUCUUCAUUCUGUGUUCCAAAUUGUUUUCUACAAUCUCCCUUUCUGUGGCCCCAAUGUCAUUGACCACUUUUACUGUGAUAUGUACCCAUUAUUGGAACUGGUGUGCAGUGACACCUACUUUAUAGGCCUCACUGUGGUUUUCAAUGGUGGAGCAAUGGAUAUGGUCAUCUUCACCCUUCUGAUAAUUUCCUACGGGGUCAUCCUAAACUCCUUUAAAACUUACAGUCAGGAAAGGAGGCGUAAAGCCCUGUCUACCUGCAGCUCCCACAUUACUAUGGUUGUCCUGUUUUUUGUUCCCUGUAUUUUCAUAUAUGUUAGACCUGUUUCAACAUUUCCUAUUGAUGAAUUCAUGACUGUGUUUUAUACAGUUAUCACACCCAUGUUGAAUCCUUCUAUAUACACGUUGAGAAAUUCAGAGAUGAGAAAUACUAUAGAAAACUCUUGUGUAAAGGUGAGCUAUUGUUAG